AUGGACCCUCUGUUCGAGGAGGUGGAGCAGACGUCUAGCGGCACCAUGAAUCCUGUUACUGUCGUGUUCCAGUUCCUGGCCUCAUACGGCUGGUUCAUCGUGGGCGGUGCGGCAGUCACACUGUAUUUCCUAAACAAGCUCCGGCCAACCUUUGACAAGUGGAAGCAGGCCAGAGAAGAUGCGGUGUACCAUAAAAAUCCCGACCUCGCUCUGUCUCGCAUGGAAGCCAUCCAGCGCGCGAGGGAGCAGCAGCAAGAGGCGCUACUGGCGGCCUCUGCGCGAGCUCUUGAACUACAGAAAGAGCGUGAGGAGCGCAAGCGUCAAGAAGCUGUCGAGCGUCUGCAGAAGUACGGCAACGCGGGACAACGGCUCGGAGAGAGAGACGACAGAGACUACAUGCCGCUGAGCGGCGGCGCCUCCACCUCCAGCUACAGGCCUCCGAAGAAGUCCAAGUGUGGGGGGGGCGGCUGCGGACGGUAG